AAAUUGCUGAUGACUGUAGCACCAAGUGUUUCAAAUGAGGUUUUCAGUCAUCCACAUUAGGAAUCCGAAGAAAAUGAAGCCACUUGUCGUAUUGUUUAUGAUUUCUUAUUUUAUUCAACUCACAGUUACCAGUGGAGCAGAACUUUCAGUUGUACAAUAUCCCCAGGACAUCAAUGUGUCUCUUAAUUCAACUGUUUUGAUACUGUGUGAAUUUGACUACCCAGAUAAAACCAUAAAUAAUACAUUGACAGAGGUGUAUUGGAGGAAAGACCCUACCAGUAAUCAGCCGGCGCUCCAGCCAACCACAAGUACCUCUGAUGUUCAAAAGUCACAGAUACAAAUUAAAACAGAACAGUCCAAAAAAAUUUCAAUCUUACGACUGGACAACGUUCAGCUGAAAGAUGCUGUCAUGUAUUUCUGUGAUGUAUGGCUAACUUUUCCACCACCGGUAAGGCACAAAUUUGGAAGUGGCAGCAGGCUGACAGUACAUGAGUCCAAAUGCAAUGGCAAUAUCAGACAUGAUAAAACGUGGUGGGUGUGGUUCUUUCUUCUUGGAUACAGCAUCUGUUCCUCCGUUAUUAUCAUAGCUUUCUCUAUUCUUCAGUGCUGUAAAAAGCAUAGGAACAACUCAAGAAAUACAGAUGGCAUCUGCACUUUGCCAAGCGAAUGGAUUUAUGAUAAACCAUCCAUGACUCUUAAUAAUGGAUUUAACCAAGAAUAUGAAGAUAUGAGACUAAUAAAGACUUUUACUCACAGUGGAAGAUAUGAAAAAGCUGGAUGCAUGCAUAAUUGAAUUACAUUAGCACAUGUAACAAGUACUUUUCUAC